GUAUUGGAUAUGAAGUCGCAAAAUGGAUAGCAAUGAUGGGCGGGACUGUCAUAAUGGCAUGUAGAUCUGAGGAUGAUACAAUGAAGGCAAUGCGCCAAAUGGACAAAGAAUAUAAAGAGGAGAAAGAGAAAGGAACUCCUGGACUAGUAGAUGUUGCAGAACUAUCACUGGUCUUCAUGAAACUAGAUUUGUCUUCUUUCCAAUCCACUAAGGAGUUUGUUCAAGCAUAUAAAGAAUCUGGUAGACCACUCCACGUGUUAAUUUGUAAUGCUGGAAUAAGUAAAGCUAAACCAGAACAGACAAAUGACGGGUACGAGUAUAUGUUGCAGGUGAAUUAUCUCAGCCAUUUUCUUAUGAUAAGUCAGCUGUUACCUAUGAUGAAAGGGAAUGAGAGUGAAAGCAGAAUAAUUCUUGUAUCAAGUGAUGCUCACAAAUUAUGUGGAUAUAGUCUAGAAGGUAUUAACUACAAGGGAGAUCCUUCACAGUUUGGGUUUUUGGAUUAUUAUGGUAGAUCAAAGCUGUACCAGAUCAUGCAAAUGCAUUGUCUUCAUCGGCGGUUACGGAACUCAAAUAUAUCUGUUACCAGUGCGCAUCCUGGAACUGUAGAAACAAACAUAGGAGCUGAAUUUAAAGACAUGGCGGCCUACCAGAUUUUCCUCAAAUUGAACCGUCUUGUGGGUUUAAUGCGGACUCCACUUUACGGUGCCACAACUAUAAUCAACAGUGCAGUUAACCCUGAAUUAAAAUCAAUGAGUGGUGUGUAUUUUAAGGACUGUCAACCGGCAUCAACAACCUCAGUGUCAAGGGAUGAGAUAAAGCAAGAGGAAUUGUGGAAUAAAACUCUUGGAUUUUUGAAAGAACAUUUAACGGAAGAAGAAAUAUAUUGUUUAGAGGGAGCGGAUCCAUAAUUGC